CAAGAUCGGAAAUGUGUAUUCAAUAAAUUAUAAGAAUCAUGUGUGAAAAUGAAACCAGUGAAACUAUUUACAUAUGGAAAGUGGGCGACAUCGCCAUAGCUUGGUUAUCCAAGAAAACUUACGCAAAAGUGACAGUAGUGAAGGACAAUCGUGGUCGAUUUCAUGGUGAUAAAGUUUUAGGCGUAACAGUGGCAAAGGAUGGCUUAUCUGAUAAAGUGAAGUGGAAGAAAGAGCUGUGCUACCAUGUUGAAACUUUCUGCACAAAACAGCGUCUUUGGAUACCUUGGACUUCGCUACGUCUCGCAGAGAGGUGCAGACCAUUCUACGGGCCUAACAGAGUAAUCAAACCGAAGGGUGUUGUUACUAAAACGAGCCCUGGGACUGUGAAGAAGGUCACAAAGGUAGAUCCCCUGCUACCGUUCAAUGUGAAACCAGACUACUACAAAACGCCAGACUUCAACGCCAAAUAUGACCAGUCACAUCAACCGCUCAAGCAGGGCAAACACGCGAACUCUUUUAGGGAGUUUGUGCGGAGGGGGAAGGAAGUGUUCUUUGACACAUAUUACAAGGUGUUGAUGAGAGAGCAAACAAUUGAUAGUCGAGAUACACUCGACUAUCUCCUGCAAGUGGACGCCAGUACGGAGGAUAAGUUCGACCUGGUCAUUAAGAAUAUAAUGACAGAGAGGGAGAUAGAAGAUUACUUACACCAGUGUUGGAGGUACAACUACGUGCAUAAACGUCUGCCGGUAAAUGCUGAAAAUGAGACAGGAGAGUAUACACCAGUUCGGAAAGUGUCUCCGAUAUCGUGGUGCCUCGUGUGCGGUAGUAGCGACGGCAGGCGCCGCGAGUGUCCGCGCUGCCCCGCCUCAUACCACCUCGCCUGCCGGAAGGAAUGGCUCGUCAAAAUCAUACAUCGAAAGAACCCUCCGAAGAAGCAGGUACAAGAAGAGGCUCCCACCAUCUCCAAGGUGUUAUCCAGCACACGGACCCUGACCUCCAGUACUGUGGUGCCAGCACCGCCGCGGGACCAGCUGCCCUGCCCGAGUUGCAUGUGGGGACCCAGGCCGGGGUACGAUGACGUGGUGUGGCACAAGCUUGGCGCGUGCGCGUGGUGGCCGGCGCGCGUGCUGGCGCCAGGCGACGCGCCCGCGCGCCUGCUGGCCGCGCAACACACCGCCAGGGACUACCCGCUGCGGUACUACGGUACGCUGAACCACUCCUGGGCUCGGAGCAGUCAGAUGGUAUUGUUUCUGCCCUCGCACGCGACUCGAACCGGCGACUGCGUAUUAACACAGGCCAUCAUGGACGCUGCCGACGACUAUAUAGCUGUCUACCUCACAUAA